CUGUCAUAAAUGUCAAGAAGCACAUAAAUUAUAUUUUUCUAAAUUUCCAGUCUCUAUUUUUCGCAAUUAUUGGUAAAUAAUUGCCUUUAAAAAAUGAGCAUACUUAAGCCAAUAAGUAAAGACGCGGAUAAACGGUUAACCUCUGCUCAAUUGCAGAAAAAUGAUAACACAGUACAUUAUGUUAGCAAAUAUGUAACUUUAGUGGAGGACAAUUAUGGAAUGUUAUUUGAUAAUGAUAACCAACCGAGUUUUGUGAAAAGAUUCACAUGGACGAAUCAUAAUAAAAUUAGCGUUGCGGUGAUCACCUAUGGUGCUAGGAUAGUCUCUAUGAAAUUGCCAGACCGCGGAGGUAACGUGGAAGAGAUUGUACUUGGUUUUGAUGAUUUAGCAGGAUACAUUUUCUAUGAAAAAUACGAUUUUGGGGCUACCAUUGGAAGAACAACUACCAAACUCAACAAGUCAACUUAUGUUGUGGACGGAAAACAGUACUGGCUAACCGCCAAUGACAAUGAGCAUCAUAUAAGAGGCGGUGAACGUGGAUUUGACAAAGUUAACUGGGUGCCCUAUGUUAACGGGAAAACGCUUCAACUAAGUUACUUGUCCCCUGAUGGUGAAGAAGGAUACCCUGGAGAUCUUCAUGUUCGCAUGACAUUUGAACUUACCACAAGCGCUGAAUUUCGUAUUGCCAUUAAUGCUAACACAACCAAAGCAACACCAGUGGAUAUUAGUAAUCUAACGUAUGUCAACUUAGCAGGACAUCAGGCGGGUGAGGAAGAAAUUAAAAAACAUGAGUUACUCAUCAACGCUGGGUGCUAUACUCAAACAGAUGACAAAAAUGAAUUUCCUACGGGCAAAAUUCUCAAAGUUAUACAUACCCGCAAUAACUUUCAAACACCAGUUUUAUUAGAAAAGGUUAUGACUGAAGGUAAGGAAGCAACGUUUGAUCAAUAUUUGUGCAUAAAUCGAGGGGUGGACCAAGGAGAUGCAUUCGUUGCUCGAUUAAUUCAUCCAUACAAAGGGCGUGUGCUCGAAAUCUACAGCAAUCAGCAAGGACUCAACUUUAACAACGGAGCUGAAUUUCCGACGGGGCGUUUGAAUAUACCAACAAAUGUUCUGCCAAUUCUGAGACCAUCACAAUCCGAUACUGAUCUGACUGAGGAGAAUGAAUCCUUAUUUGUAGUGAUCGGGAAACUUGCGCAAUAUUUUCGCGAUGUGAUGAAUCUUCCACAAGAAGAAUAUCAAGGAUUCCUAAGAAAUCUAAUGAAAAAGUUAGAUUCCAAUCAAAGUACAAGUACAGAUAGCAUGACCAGUUUCUCAUCGCAAUUGGAACUUAUUGAAACAGUUAGUAAAUACGCCACUACGAUUGAUGCUGAUUUGACUAUGAUAUUGAAGCCCUUGGAAGUUCAAUUUCUUAAAGCGUUUAAAGAACUUCUCCCGUAUGUCACCGAAGACAUUCCAGUCAAUUUAAUUAAGGAAGCGAUUGAUGAAAUUUUAGUAAUGCACAUGAACGAUGGCAGUACCUCAGAAAGUAAUUCGUUUAUUAACCAGGUAUUCAUGAAUCAAAUGCACUUAAUGAAUUCAAUAUACGAAGAAGAAGAAGAAGCAGGUGAAGAUGGAGAAAGUUUUUACCCCCGAACAAGUGUAUUCCGACAUAUGAAAGAAAAAAGGAAGAGUAUAGUUAAAAAUCAGCUUCAACGUGGUGUUCCAAUGCCGGAUUUCUACAAGCAUGAGAAAAUCGUAGGACGUGGGGGAGUAGUGUACAGAAAAUAUGGUGGUAUAGCUCUGCAAACGCAGGGCUAUCCAAACGCGUUGCAAAAUCCAAACUUUCCGAGCUCAAUAUUGAAACCCACCGAAACAUACAACCACACUAUAACCUAUAAGUUUUGGAUACUAGCUAACAAUCCUGCAAAAUGGCUACGUCGCGUAGAGGUCGGCCCAUGCGUUGACGUAUCAAGUCUCUCAAGUCAUGUGAGCUCAAACAUCAGUUGCUAGUGAAAAAGAACACUCACCUUGCUGCUGGUUCGGAAAUUGAAACGCGCGCUCGGUUCACCAACGCCGUGCGUGUUUACAGCUUCCACAUAGAAUUCAUAGUUGGUGUCGCUGGCGAGUCCCUCGAGCACGUGCGGGCUAUGCACCCCGGAAAUUGUCUUGUAAUCCGUGUCAUAGGUAGUCAGCAUUCGGUAGUGCAGGUUGUAAUUCACCACCGUGUCUCCGAGUGUCUUUGGCGAAGACCAAUGCAAAAUUGCAAAGUCGACAUCGAUGUUGGUCACGUGCACGUGGCUAGGCGAACUGGGUAAUACACCGUAACCCUGCAGCAAGCAAUUUGUGUACUCGCCCAUAUAGCGCAAACACCUGAAAACAAAUAUGACAUUUUUGCUUUAAAUAAAGGCACUCUGCACCAAAA